GGCUGUGUGUGUGUGUGUGUGUGUGUGUGUGUGUGUGACAGAGAGAGAGAGAAAGCGGCGUGAGCCUGUGUGCUUGUGUGCUGAGUGCUGAGCCCUCAUCCCCUCCUGGGGCCAGGCUUGGGUUUCACCUGCAGAAUCGCUUGUGCUGGGCUGCCUGGGCUGUCCUCAGUGGCGCCUGCAUGAAGCCGCUCUGGCUGCCAGAGCUGGACAGCCCCAGGAAAACCCACCUUUCUGCAGAGCUUGCCCAGCCGUCCCUGGGAAGCCAACUGCCUCUCACGUAAGUCCUCCGCUCGACGGGGUGUCUCGAAACCCUCACUCUUCAGCCUCUGUUUGACCAUGAAAUGAAGUGACUGAGCUCUAUUCUGUACCUGCCACUCUAUUUCUGGGGUGACUUUGUCAGCUGCCCAGAAUGUCCAAGCCAGGCUGGUUCUCUGAAUCCUUUGAAUGACCUGUCUUCUUCUGUAACCCCAGCUGAUUGAUGAACUGCACUGCAUUCCAAUGGAAGAGUGGAGUCAAAUCUACAGAGUUUGGUGGUCUGCUUGGGGGAAGUCCCCUGGGGACAAGCCCCUGCACCUUCGAGGGCCAGAGAUCCCAGACCCUGCCACUGCGGUUCACGCGAGCCAUAGAAGCUGCUGAUGCCCAGGCUGGGGUGGGUGCUGUACAAGCAUUCUGCAUAAUUUGCAGGGCGAUGUUUGGUGGCGAGAGGAACCUCACAGAAUCCAGCAGCAGCUCUGCUGGGGACACGGUCCGAGGUGCAACCCACAGUGAAGCCCUGACCUGACCUCCUGAUGCUCAGGGGAAGCCAUGGGCCCCUCCCGUCCUGCGUUCCUGUCCUUCACAAAGCUCAGUUUGUGGUGGCUCCUUCUGACCCCAGCAGCAGGUGGAGAGGAAGCCAAGCGCCCACCUCCCAGGGCUCCUGGAGACCCCCUCGCCUCUCCCAGUCCCACGGCGUUGCCGCAGGGAGGAUCCCAUACCCAGGCUGAGGACCGGCUCUUCAAACACCUCUUCCGGGGCUACAACCGCUGGGCGCGCCCGGUGCCCAACACUUCAGACGUGGUGAUUGUGCGCUUCGGACUGUCCAUCGCUCAGCUCAUCGACGUGGAUGAGAAGAACCAAAUGAUGACCACCAACGUCUGGCUAAAACAGGAGUGGAGCGACUACAAACUGCGCUGGAAUCCCGCCGAUUUCGGCAAUAUCACAUCUCUCCGGGUCCCUUCUGAGAUGAUCUGGAUCCCUGACAUUGUCCUCUACAACAAUGCAGAUGGGGAGUUUGCAGUGACCCACAUGACCAAGGCCCACCUCUUCUCCACGGGUACUGUGCACUGGGUGCCCCCGGCCAUCUACAAGAGCUCCUGCAGCAUCGACGUCACCUUCUUCCCCUUCGACCAGCAGAAUUGCAAGAUGAAGUUCGGCUCCUGGACUUAUGACAAAGCCAAGAUCGACCUGGAGCAGAUGGAGCAGACGGUGGACCUGAAGGACUACUGGGAGAGUGGCGAGUGGGCCAUUGUCAAUGCCACGGGCACCUACAACAGCAAGAAGUAUGAUUGCUGUGCCGAGAUCUACCCUGAUGUCACCUACGCCUUUGUCAUCCGGCGGCUGCCACUCUUCUACACCAUCAAUCUCAUCAUCCCCUGUCUGCUCAUCUCCUGCCUCACCGUGCUGGUCUUCUACCUGCCCUCCGACUGCGGCGAGAAGAUCACACUGUGCAUCUCGGUGCUGCUAUCGCUCACCGUCUUCCUGCUGCUCAUCACCGAGAUCAUCCCGUCCACCUCGCUGGUCAUCCCGCUCAUCGGCGAGUACCUGCUGUUCACCAUGAUCUUCGUCACGCUGUCCAUCGUCAUCACCGUCUUCGUGCUCAAUGUGCACCACCGCUCCCCCAGCACCCACACCAUGCCCCGCUGGGUGCGGGGGGCUCUUCUGGGCUGUGUGCCCCGGUGGCUUCUGAUGAACCGGCCCCCACCACCCUUGGAGCUCUGCCACCCCCCAGGCCUGAAGCUCAGCCCCUCUUAUCACUGGCUGGAGACCAAUGUGGAUGCCGAGGAGAGGGAGGUGGUGGUGGAGGAGGAGGACAGAUGGGCGUGUGCAGGUCACGUGGCCCCCUCUGUGGGCACCCUCUGCAGCCACGGCCACCUGCACUCCGGAGCCUCAGGUCCCAAGGCUGAGGCUGUGCUGCAGGAGGGUGAGCUGCUGCUGUCACCCCGCAUGCGGAAGGCACUGGAAGGCGUGCACUACAUUGCCGACCACCUGCGGUCCGAGGAUGCCGACUCUUCGGUGAAGGAGGACUGGAAGUACGUCGCCAUGGUCAUUGACAGGAUCUUCCUCUGGCUGUUUAUCAUCGUCUGCUUCCUGGGGACCAUCGGCCUCUUUCUGCCUCCAUUCUUAGCUGGAAUGAUCUGACUGCACCUCCCUCAAGUUGGCUCCCAGGGCACCCCCACUGGCUAUCUGUUGACCAUCUCUGCUGCAGCUGCCUCUAGUGUCCUCUUUGGGGUGAGCAGGUGUCUCUCUGCGGAGUCUGGACACUGACCCAGGCAUUGCAGGCUUCCAUCCAGUUCAACAUUAUUGUACCAGGGCUGAGAGCCUGCUGGGUGCAGACUCCUGUUUUGGAUACUGAGGAGCUAGGGAAGCUCUGCAGAAGGUCACAAUAGUGUGGUGACCAAGUGGGGCACAGUAAGAUUCUCCUGGAGGAGCAGUGCAGACCCUAAGUCACAGAAGGGUCAACCAGGGGGACAGUGGGGCCAGGGUGACGAGGAAGGGAAUGCAGACCUCAAAGGAGGGGUCAUGGGGGCAAAGGGGAGGGUUCCUUGGGGGUGGAAGGGCUCUGAACAAUGUUUAGACUUGGGAAUGAGCCCGAAGUGCCAGGGAGAACAGCCAGGUGAGGUAGGAGGUUGGAGAGCCAGGUGGGGUCUCUCUAAGCCAGGCUGGGGAUGAAGUUCAGAGUCUGUCCGAGUUGCAGGGUGCUGAGCUGUAUGAUCCAGCAGGGAAGUAAUAAGGGCUCUUCCGGAAGGGGAGGAAGCGGGAGGCAGGGCCUGUACCUGAGGUGGAGGUGCAGGGCAGAUCUUCCCUACUGGGGAGGGACGGAUUGUUGGAUACAGGUGGCUGGGCUAUUCCAUCCAUCUGGAAGCUCAUUUGAGCCUCCAGGCUUCUCCUUGACGUCAUUCCUCUCCCUUCCUUGCUGCAAAAUGGCUCUGCACCAGCCGGCCCCCGGAGGUCUGGCAGAGCUGAGCCAUGGCCUGCAGGGGCUCCAUAUGUCUGUACACGCGCAGCGGGCAAACGAGAAAGACCAUCCUGAGCUGCUCCUGACCCAACUCAAACUCAUCUCGUUCGGCCUGUCCUCCCUCCCUCCCUCCCUCCGCCCUCCUUCCUCCCCAGGAACCCUGUUCCCUGUGCCUGGCUCCAUCAGGAGGAGGCCUCACUUGGGAGUUGAAGAUCUCUGCCUUUAGUUCCUUUGAUUCUGAACUUCUCAAGGGCAGGACCACUGCCUGUUAUUUUUCCCAUCCCCAGCACCUAGCACAGCACCGGGUGAGUGGAUCAGCACUUAAGGCAUUUGUUCUGAGUGGCUGAGGGGAGCAAGCUGGAUUGUUUGGGCCCCAGGACUGCUGCGUAGAUGGCAAAGCUGUGGUCCUGUCCCUUAUCAGCCUGGCCCGUCUCUCCCAGAGCCCCAGGGUGUGUUGACCUGCUCUGAACCCCUCAGAGCCGCCUGUGUGUGCACUUUGGAAUGCACCACCCCAAAGCCUGAGGCUGCACCCGGGAUCCCAGGCCUAGCUGCUGCUCCUGGGAUCGGGCACCAAACCUCUCCCCAGCUCUGUCCAGACCAGAAGGUGGGACCUUGGCAGCUAACAGAUGUGGGCACUGGGUUCUUGGGACAGUGUGGAGGCUCCAGGCAGGAAGCCGACCAGGGCGAGCUUCCAGUUUCCUUUUGGUCCUAGGGGUCCCCUCCUUCCAAACCCUGAAAUCUCUCUCCCUGACACUCCCAGCCUGCCUGUGACACCCUGGCCCACGCCCCGCCACGCCUCAUUCCUCUCCCACUACCCCCUGCUCAUGGCGCAUCUGGUUUCUGUCUCCUGUCUACUCCCAUGCAUGCAGCCCCCAGCCUCCCCUCUCCUCCCGCUUGCUCUCCGGAGGCCUCAGAGCUCUCAGGUCCAGACUCCCAGACCCACUGUCCUGAGACAGUGAUGUUCACUCCUGUUAUCCACAUCUCCCAUCCGUCUUGCAUGUGAAUAAAGAGAUUAAAUAAAGCUGCACCUACUGCUCACUCGA